AUGGCUACUCGAAGUCUUCCUAUGAUCCAACCCCAAAUUAUCCUACUUAAAGAGGGCACAGAUGCUUCUCAAGGACGCGGUCAACUCUUAUCAAAUAUAAAUGCUUGCUUGGCAGUAGUUGACAUCGUGAGAACAACUUUGGGUCCUAGGGGAAUGGAUAAAUUGAUUGUUAGUGAUAAAGGUGAAGUCACUAUUUCGAAUGAUGGUGCCACAAUCAUGAAACUUCUUGAUAUUGUUCAUCCAGCAGCAAAAACACUCGUUGAUAUUGCUAGGUCACAAGAUGCCGAAGUUGGUGAUGGGACAACAAGUGUGGUUUUACUCGCUGGUGAAUUAUUAAAAGAAAUUAAAGGAUAUAUUGAAGAGGGAGUUAGUCCUCAUGUAAUAAUUAAAGGUUAUCGAAAAGCUGCUGAAUUGGAAAUUGCUGUCAAAGUUGAGCGUAAUGAUGAGGAAGAAUUCCGAAAUUUACUUUUAAAAUGUGCCAAAACAGCUAUGUCAUCCAAAUUAAUUCAUUCGCAUGAAUAUUUCUUUAGCAAAAUGGUAGUUGAUUCUGUAUUGACGUUGGAUCAAGAAGAUCUUAAUGAAAAAUUGAUUGGAAUAAAGAAAGUUCCUGGUGGUGCUAUGGAAGAUUCUCUUCUUAUAAACGGAGUUGCAUUUAAAAAAACAUUUUCUUAUGCUGGGUUCGAACAGCAACCUAAACACUUCGAAAAUCCUAAAAUUUUGAGUUUAAAUGUUGAAUUGGAGUUGAAAGCUGAAAAGGAUAAUGCGGAAGUUCGCGUUGAAGAUGUUUCUGAAUAUCAAGCUAUUGUUGAUGCCGAGUGGUCUAUUAUAUUUUCAAAACUCGAAAAUAUCGCCAAGACUGGGGCCAAAGUAGUUUUAUCCAAAUUACCCAUUGGAGAUUUGGCUACACAAUAUUUCGCUGAUAGAGAUAUUUUUUGUGCAGGUCGAGUACCUGCAGAAGAUCUUAAUCGAGUGGUUAAGGCAGUUGGUGGAUCUAUUCAAUCCACAUGCUCAAAUAUUGAAGAGAAACAUUUGGGUACUUGUGAAAGUUUUGAAGAAAAACAAAUUGGAAGUGAAAGAUUCAAUUUGUUCCAAGGUUGUACAGCGUCAAAAACCUGUACACUCAUCUUAAGAGGUGGCGCAGAACAGUUUAUUGCAGAAGUUGAACGAAGUUUACAUGAUGCCAUAAUGAUAGUUAAAAGAGCUAUUAAGAAUAAUUUAGUGGUUGCAGGAGGAGGAGCUACAGAGAUGGAGUUGUCUAAAUAUCUUCGUGAAUACUCUCGAACUAUUGAGGGAAAACAACAAUUAAUAAUUGGAGCUUUUGCACGUGCAUUAGAAGUAAUUCCUCGUCAACUAUGUGAUAAUGCUGGUUUCGAUGCAACAGAUAUUUUGAAUAAUUUGAGAAUGAAACACGCACACGGCUCCAUUUGGUAUGGAGUUGAUAUUAAUAUAGAAUCAGUUACUGAUAGUUUUGAAGCAUUCGUUUGGGAACCAGUAAUUGUGAAAACAAAUUCAAUUGCAGCUGCUACCGAAGCUGCAUGUUUGAUAUUAAGCGUUGAUGAAACUGUGAGGAACGCGCAAUCGGAACAACCCCAAGCAGGUCCGCCAAUGCCAAGAGGAGGAGCACAAAGAGCUUUUAGAGGUCGUGGUCGAGAACUUAUAAAGCAACAAGAUGCAAACUAUUUUAUUCCCAAUGAAGUGUUCAUAGUGGAACUAGAUCCAACAGAAAUUGAUAGGUUAAUAAAUGCCACAUCUAAUGAUUUAGAAGUUGAUAAUGAAGAUACCUAUAGGGAUCAUCAAGUGGCAAUGGAAAUGUAUGGAUUUUUGUUGGCAUGGUUGAUAUCCAACGCAGAAGAUAAGGCUGCAUCCAAGGGCAUUGUAAACGGAACAUCAUCUACAAGACGUACUAAACAAACAAAAUCCAAAUCCGCAAAUAUCACGACGGUUAACCUCGUAGAGGAAUGGGAUUGGUCAGCCCAAAAACCGACAGUAUUAGAUUUAAUUUUGGAAGUUUUGGAACUUCGAAUAAAUGAAAUUUGGACAACAUCACAGGAAAUAAAUGCGUUCAUUAGUUUAUUUACCAAAUCAGCAUAUUUGAUGCUUGAGAAUAUCGCAAACAUAAAAGAUUCUAACAUUAAAGUACGUGUAUUUAAAGUUCUUUCAGUUUGCGUAAAGGAUUAUAAUCACGCAUUUGGAGCACAAACAUCCGUAAUUCAAGAAAUACAAUAUUAUGAUUUUCUUUCAGAACCAAUGGCAGAAUUUCUACACAUGUUGUCUUCACAAUAUGAUCAUACCCAAUUAGCAGAAAAAAUUUUGAUUGAAAUCAGUUAUAAGGAAUUUGGUGAUAAAGAUGCAAUUAGUCCAAAAAAUUUUUCAAAAUUUUUGGUAAAGUUGUCAGAAUUAUCCCCAAAAUUGGUGGCUAAACAAAUUGGACUUUUGAUUAAGCAUUUAGAAUGUGAGCCUUAUACUAUGCGAUGUGGUUUAAUAGAAGUACUUGGAAAUUUGAUCACUGACCUAGCAAACGAAGAACAACAAACUCCUAAUAAUCUUAUUCCAGUAAAUGGUUUUUUUGAUUUGUUAGAAGAAAGAUUUCUUGAUACGAACUCAUAUUGUCGUUCAAAAGUAUUACAAACUUAUUCAAAAUUAUGCGAUUUAAAAACCAAAUUUCCAAAACGUCGGCAGAGGCUUACAGAUUUAGUAAUUAAAUGUUUAGAAGAUAAAGCUAACCAACCACGAAAGCAUUCAAUUAAAUUAUUGACAAAAUUAAUUUCAACUCAUCCUUUUGGUGUCAUUCAUGGAGGAGAAUUGGCACUCAAAGAAUGGGAAGAUCGAUUGAAAAAGGUAGAAGAAGAGCUAAAAGCAAUACAACCUCCACAAGAGAUUUCUGAUAUGGGAGGGGAAAUUCCUGACGAAAUAACUAAUAUAACAGAGGAUUUAGAUGAUCAGGAUGAAAUACAGGGCAUGGAUAUGGAUAUUGAUAUGUUAGAUGAAUCAAUACAUCAAACAUCAUCGCCUGUGGAUCUUGCUCGACUUCAAUUCACUCGACGUUAUUAUGUUGAUGCUGUUCGAUUCAUUCAUCAAAUAAACACGGCUAUCCCGACUCUUUGUCAAUUACUCGCUUCUACAUCAAAGUCUGAAGUUCUAGAAGCAAUUGAUUUUUUUGUUACAGCUCAUACUUAUAAAAUGGAAUUUGCUAAUGAAGGAAUAAAGAAAAUGUUGCAUUUAAUUUGGACAAAAGAUAAUAACGAUGAAGGAAAAGGCAUUCGAAAGCGAUUGAUCGAAAAAUUGACAUCCCUGGAGCAACUUUUGAGUACAAUAAUGUCCGAGGAUGAGGAUGCUAUUAAUGAUUUAGUUAUAGCUAAAUUAUGGUCAGUUUAUUCUAUAUCCAAGGUUGAAAUCCCUAAAGCUCAACGUCGAGGUGCUAUUAUCGUGUUAAGUAUGCUUGCAAAAGCGAAAAUGGAUAUUGUUCAGGAAAAAAUAGAUCUUCUGUUAAAAGUUGGACUAGGAUCUUUUGGUAGAGAAGAUUUGGUUCUUGCUAAAUAUACUUGCAUCGCGUUGCAACGUCUUGGGUCACUGAAUAAUAAUUCGAUACGUUUACCCUUUUCUCAUCAAAUUUUUUGUCGAUUGAAACAGAUGAUCGAAAUCCAAACAAAUUCUCAAGAAUGGUUUUCACUUGUCGAACAAGCGAUCAAUACUAUUUAUCUACUUGCUGAACAUCCUGACAUUUUAUGUGAAGAUAUAAUCAAACGAAAAGCUGCACACGUAUUUGUUAUUACGAAUCAAGAACCAUUCAUGAUGCAUCCUCUUCAAUUAAGUCAACUUAUUUUCACAGUUGGACAUGUAGCGAUUAAACAUAUUGUUCAUCUUGAAUUUAUUGAAGCAGAAUGUAAACGACGAAAAGCCGAAGCUGAGUCCAAAGACAAAGAAAAGUCAACUAAAAACCCGGGUGAUGAUGAACUUGAACAAGUAGUUGGAACGGCCGAAGAUGAAUUCGGUGAAGCUAUUGUUCAAAUUCGUGAAAAAGAAUUAUUGUUUGGUGAAGAUUCAUUAUUGACAGUAUUCGGUCCAUUGAUAAGUAAUAUUUGUGCGAAUAAUAAAACUUAUAAUCAUCGUACCCUCCAAAUAUCUGCAACUUUGGCAUUAGCGAAAUUUAUGUGUGUUAGUUCCGAAUUCUGUGAAAAUAAUCUUCAAUUAUUGUUCACUAUCCUCGAAAGAUCAAGCGAACCUACUAUUCGUAGCAAUAUCAUUAUCGCGCUUGGUGACAUGACAGUCUGUUUUAAUAAUAUUAUUGAUGAAAAUAUCAAUUAUUUAUAUAAUCGUUUAUCGGAUCCAGAUAGUUUAGUAAAGAAAAAUACAUUAAUGGUUUUAACUCAUUUGAUUUUAAAAAGAAUGAUUAAAGUCAAAGGACAAUUGGGGGAAAUGGCAAAAUGUUUAGAAGAUGAAGAUCAAAGAAUAAGCGAUCUUUCCCGGUUAUUUUUUACUGAAUUAGCUUCAAAGGAUAAUGCAGUUUACAAUAAUUUAUCUGAUAUAAUUAGUAAUCUUUCAAGUGGUGAUACUCCACUCAAUGAGGAAUCGUUUAAGAAUAUUAUGAAAUUUUUAUUUGAUUUUAUUGAAAAGGAAAAGCAUGUCGAAAAUGUUGUGGAUAAAUUAUGCCAAAGAUUUAAAAAUUUAGAUGAUCAAAGACAAUGGCACGAUAUAGCUUAUUGUCUUUCAUUGCUUCCUUACAAAAAUGAAAAAGUUAUUAGGAAGCUUAUUGAAGGAAUGCCUCAUUAUCAAGAUAAAUUGCAUGAAGAACAAGUUCAAAAGUUUUUUGUUGAAAUAAUAACAAAGGCGAAAUCAAUUAAACCUCAAAGACCAGAAUUAAAACAAUCGAUCGACGAAUAUGAGGCAAAAAUCAUCAAAGAAUUUAAAAAUGUUUAA